AUGAAUUAUGUUGUGUUUAACUUCAUUUUCUUCAUACUAAGUGUUUUUCUUUCAUCGAAAACCAAGGCACAGCAGAAUUACUCAGGAAAUUUGAUAUUCACCUGCAAGAACAGCGAUGCUACGGGACCUUCUUCAGCAUUUCUUUACACCUGCAAUGGCUUCAACAAAUCAUGCAUGGCUUUUCUGAGCUUCAGAUCCAAACCUCCUUAUAACUCCGUCAACGCGAUUUCCAACCUCACAUCAUCAAACCCGAAAGAGCUUGCCCGAAUCAAUGGCGCCACUUUGCUCACAGUUUUCCCACCUGGCAAAGAGGUUAUUGUUCCUGUGAACUGUUCUUGUUUAACUAACGAUUAUUAUCAAGCUGAAACCAAAUAUAUAUUGGGUCAAAACCCGACAUAUUUCAUAGUAGCAAAUGACACGUUCCAGGGUUUGACGACGUGUGAUUCUCUUAUGCGUGCAAAUCCAUACGGGGAACUUGAUUUGUAUCCGAGAAUGGAGUUACAGGUGCCACUUCGAUGCGCUUGUCCAACGUAUCAUCAGAAAACAAAUGGCACCAAGUAUUUACUCACAUACUCAGUAACCUGGGGGGAUAACAUUUCAAAUAUUGCUACAAGGUUCAAUGUAACAGAAGGUAAUCUAGUUGAUGCUAAUGGUUUUUCAACACAAACUCAAGUACUUUAUCCAUUCACAACUGUUCUGAUUCCUUUUCCAAGUGAACCGAGGAGUCCAACAGCCAUAGUUGCUAAUGAUCCACCAACUCCUGGUGGUUGCAGCUUCAAAAAGUGCAGGUCAAAGAAAAAAACGCUCCCCAUUGCUUUAACCACCUCAGUGCUGGUUCUGUGUGCCUUCUUGUUUGUGCUGGUUCUGUUUUUGCUAAGAAAGAGAUCAGUAAGGUUGUUUAAGCGACCUGCGCAAGGUAAGAAAAAAACGGUGGUGUUUUCAGAAGAGAUCCGUGAGGAAAUAGCGAUCAUUGAACAUCUCUCCAAAAUGUAUAGGUUUGAGGAAAUAAAAGAGGCAACUGAGAAUUUUAGUUCAAAGAAUAGAAUCGAAGGUUCUUUAUUUCGCGGUGUGUUCAACAAUGGCAAGGAAGUGUUGGCUGUUAAAAGAAUGAGAGGAGAUGUUUCUAAAGAGGUAAAUUUGCUGAAAAGGAUCAAUCAUUUCAACCUGAUAAAGCUGCAGGGCUACUGUGAAAACAAAGAUUGCAUCUAUCUUGUUUAUGAAUACAUGGAAAAUGGAUCUUUAAGGGAAUGGCUUAGCAAGAAUAGUUCCAUUGAGCACCGAAGUUGGGGAAGGAGGAUACAGAUUGCUGUGGAUAUUGCCAAUGGACUUCAAUAUCUUCACAACUUCACAGAACCUUGCUAUGUACACAAGGACAUAAACAGUGGAAACAUUCUACUAAACAAAGAUUUAAGGGCCAAGAUAGCAAAAUUUGCUCUUGUUGAAGAAUCGGGGAGGAUGGUUACUUCUGAUUGUCCCACAUCACAUGUUGUAGGAUCGGCCGGUUAUUUAGCUCCUGAGUAUCUGGAAGCAAGGGUAGUAAGUACCAAAAUGGACGUGUUUGCCUUUGGAGUGGUGCUGCUGGAAUUGAUCACUGGCAAAGAUUCUAUUACCCUACAAGAUGGAAGAGAAGUAAUGCUUUAUGAAAUCAUAGAAAGUAUAAUUGGAAAAGAGAAUGAAGAAGAGAAAGUGAGUUUGUUCAUUGAUCCUUGCCUCAUUGAAUGCUGUAGGAAAUCAAGUGCACUGCAGCUAGUUAAACUGGGUCUAACCUGUUUGAUCCAAGAACCAGAAAGCAGACCAAACAUUGAAGAGGUAGUAUCCAGCUUAUUGAAAAUACAGGCAAAUGAUAUGCAACAAAGUAUAUCACCCAUUGUCAAUAACAGCCUAAGCCUAGAGAGGUGA